AGAUUGGAGAAAGAUCAUCACAUCAGCAGCCGCACGUGUGACAGAGAGGCUGCGUCGUUUACUAAACAUUCAUAGCGCCUACUUUGCAUAUACGAAGUGUCAGUCAUGACAGAGGAAUGGAAAGAGAAGAUAAUAAAGGAGAAGCUCGGAGGAAAGAGAGACUGGAGCGAAGAGGAGCGUGCCGCCCUCGCCCACAGUCUGGACGAGGAGCUGGAGAAGCGCCUGCAGGGGAGUGGCGGCGGCGAGGGAAGACCCAAGGAUGCCUGGACUGAAGAUAACUGGAAGGAGCAAAUGGCGGAGCACCCAUUGUUUGCUCCUUACCUGCAAGAGGAAGGUGCUGUGGAAGGGGAAGCUCCUAUCAAUCCCUUGAGUGAGGGUCUGGCACAACUCAAAUUUGACCCAGACCACAGCAGCCCACAAGAAGUGGCACAAAACUACAAGGAUGAGGGCAACCUGCAAUUCAAGUACAAGAAGUAUAGAUUAGCUGUUGCCAAUUUCUCUGAGGGCUUAAAGCAGCAGUGUGCAGAUAAGGAACUGAAUGCUCAACUGUACAACAACAGGGCAGCAGCACAGUGCCAACUAGGGAAUUUUCGUUCUACAAUCAAAGACUGUGAAAAAGCAUUUGAAUUGAAGCCACACUACACGAAAGUCAUUACAAGAGCAGUUGAUGCUGCUACAAAACUGAAAUCCUGGGAUGAAGUGUUUGCAUGGUGUGACCGUGGCCUCCAGCUGGACCCUACUGACACCAAACUGAAAGCAUCUAGACUUAAGGCAGUGAAAGAAAAGAAAAUGAUAGAGAGAGAUAAUCGCAGGAAAUCACAAGAAAUUUUGAAAAAGAAGAAUGAAGAACAGAGUGUGGUGAACGUCAUCAAGAAUCGGGGAAUAAAGCUAGGCACUUCUCAUCUAAAGGGAUCCUCAAGUAUCACCCUGGAAGAUCUGGAGACCCACCACCCUGCUGCUCAUGGUUCAAGAGUUCACCUCAACAGUUGUGCAGAGUUAGUGUGGCCUGUAAUGCUGCUUUAUCCUGAAUAUCAAGAAUCUGAUUUCAUCCAGGAAUUUACUGAAAGUGAUUUUUUCAGUGACCACUUGGAAGUGAUAUUUGGGGAAGGUGCACCCCCAGCCCCAUGGGACACAGAACAAAAAUAUCAGUACCAAAACUUAAAAAUUUUCUUUGAAGAUAAAGAAAAGGAGAAACUGUACAGUGUUGACUCUUCCUGGACACUCUCACAGGCCCUAUCAGACCCCAGAUACUGCGUGAUGGCUGGGACACCAAGUUUCAUAAUUGUUGUGAAUGGAAGCAGAUUUAUGAAAGAGUUUUUGAGCAAGUAUAAGUAAAUCAUGUUAAACAUAAUUUAUCUAUUUUACCUUUUAAAUAAUCUCCUGGUUAGCAAGUAUUCCACCCUUGUUAAUAUUGAUUUUAGUAUAAGGAGAAAGGAUGAAAAUAACUUAGUAAAAUAUGUUUGAGCACAAGAUAAAUCAUAUUUUAAGAGGGAUGCAGAAACUACAACUAUAGAUAGGUUAAAGAUGCAGUGUAGCUUUGCAGGAUGCUUUUGGGUGCCUGAGACUGACUCCAUCCCAGCAUAAAACCUCUUUUUCAUUAUGGUGCUUUCCUGCUGGCAUAUUAGCAGUGGGAUAUAUGAAGGCAGGAGCAUUAUUCUUUUUCUAUCCUGGAACCUUGUUCUUCCACAAAAGAAAUAGAAAAUGUUCAUUAGAUAUCCUCAUUUCUUUCUUUUCCUCACCACACCACCACACCUCACCUCACACUAUAAAGCUCCUCAGCACAACCCAGUAUAACACUACUUCCAUUCUCCCCUCUAUCUCACUGGAUAUUUAUAGCAAAUUUUUUUUUGCAGCUUUAUCCCUCUUCCUUUUAUACAUGUGCUCACAUUUUUGUUGAUUUUUAAUGAUUUUACCAAGCCAUAAUUUCAUUUUCAAUGUCAAUAUCCCAACCUACCAUCUUAAUUUUUCUUAUAUUUUGUAGUGGUGUCAUAUAACCAAUGUUACUCCACUUAAAUUUUGAAUCAAUCAAGUAAUUGGUCUCUCAUUUUUACUAUACAUUAUGCUAGCCUUGCAAUGCAAUUCCUCACUUUCAUCACUCUCACACCCAGCCUGCUUCGUUCUCACUCAUCACAUUACUACUCUCAAUUUUCCAUCUACCAGCUGAAGUUAACCAUACCACAGAUAUGGAUAGAACCCUAAUUACAGUAUAAAGUUGAUAGAUAUUUUCUUAGGUUGUUUUGUAUAAGAUAAAUGACUAGAAUCAAAAGGAAGCAUUAUAUUCCAUAUAUGUUAUUGUAUGAUAUUUGUCUGAUUAUGCCACACUUCAACCAUUUGUUGGACUGAUAACUGAGGAACAAGAACACUUUCUGAGCAGUCAAGAUGAGGCAACCAACAAGGGACUUCAACAUGCCUUGCUCUGGCACUCACUGAAGACACCCAGAUGCCCAUACUGACAUCCUCACCCCCAUGGGGUACCAAAUGAUGUUGUGCAUCCACCACAGCAUGCACCAGAGACUCUUUAAUAUGAAAAGAGAGGACCCUGAAUUUAACAAACAUAUUUUCUUGAAUUUCAACAUAGACAUAAUGGUCAUCAUUCAGGAAUCUUGUUUACUUUAAUGACAGAGGCAAGUUUCACUACAUGUCCUGUUACUCUUCUAUUAUAUUAGUUAUGUAUGUGUCAAGAUUAUGCAAUUAAAACUACAAUACUA